UAGAGGAAAAAAAGAUGUCUUCUCGCGCCUCUUUGAUCAUCCUUUUCCUUUUCUCCUUCCUCACUAGCUUCAGAGUUUCUGCUCAAUCAAAAAAUGUUUGUUCAAACACAACAACGUAUACAAGGAACAGCACUUACUUCACCAAUCUCAAAACACUUUUGUCCACUCUCUCUUCCGACAACGCCUCUUACUCCACCGGAUUCCAAAACGCCACGGCGGGACAAGACCCCGACAGAGUCACGGGACUUUUCCUCUGUCAGGGUGACGUCACGCCAGAGGAUUGCCGUAGCUGCGUCACCUUUUCCGUCAACGACGUACUCAGUCGGUGUCCGAAUGAGAGAGAAGCCGUGCUGUAUUACGAGGACUGCAUGCUCAGAUACUCUGACCAGAAUAUUCUGUCGACCAUGAAUGCCAAUAUAGAAUGGAAAUGGAGGAUGUUGAACGGCAAUAUGUCAUCUGACCGAGUAGACCAAUACGAAGAUUUCGUGUGGUCCACGAUGAACCAAGCUGCUGUUGAAGCAGCGAGCAGUCCUAGAAAGUUCUAUACGAUAAGUGCUAAUUGGACCGCACUCCAGACUUUGUACGGCAUGGUUCAGUGCACUCCUGAUCUUACAAGAAUAGAGUGCUUGAGCUGUCUGCAAGAAACCAUUAAUGGAAUGCGUCUUAACAGAAUUGGAGCAAGACUUCAUUUGCCUAGUUGUAAUUCAAGGUACGAGCUUUACAAGUUCUUCAAUGAGACCGCGGUUAGAACACCACCACGUCAACAAGCACCAUCACCUCCUGGGAAAGAUGGGAAUUCAAAUGCAUUAGUGGCGUUCAUUGUUGUGCCUAUUGUAGUGGCUGUUCUACUUUUAGUAGCUGGUUAUUGUUUCUAUGCAAAGAGGACAAGGAAGUCUUCUACUGCUGCACCAGCCUUUUAUGGAGAUGAUAUGAAAACAAUAAAGUUGCUGCAACUUGAUUAUAGAACAAUACUAGCUGCAACAAAUAAUUAUUCAGAAAAUAAUAAGAUUGGUCAAGGUGGAUUUGGUGAGGUUUACAAGGGUACAUUUUCGAAUGGGACUGAAGUUGCGGUGAAGAGACUCUUAAAAUUAUCAGGACAAGGUGAAACAGAGUUCAAGAAUGAGGUUGUUGUUGUUGCAAAGCUUCAGCACCGAAAUCUUGUUAGGCUUCUAGGGUUUUCUCUAGAAGGAGAAGAAAGGGUAUUGGUCUACGAGUAUGUGCCCAACAAAAGCCUGGAUUCUUUCCUCUUUGACCAUGGAAAGAAAGGUCGGCUGGACUGGACUCAACGAUACAAGAUCAUUGGAGGGAUCACUCGGGGGAUUCUGUAUCUUCACCAAGAUUCACGGGUCACAAUCAUACACCGUGAUCUUAAAGCAAGUAAUGUUCUCCUAGAUGCGGAUAUGAAUCCGAAAAUCGCUGAUUUUGGAAUGGCGAGGAUCUUUGGAAUGGACCAAACCCAUGAGAACACAAGCAGAAUAGUUGGUACCUACGGUUAUAUGUCUCCCGAAUAUGCGAUUGAUGGCCUAUACUCAAUGAAAUCUGAUGUCUAUAGCUUCGGAGUGUUACUUCUUGAGAUUAUAAGCGGUAGGAAGAACAGCAGCUUCUAUGAGACAGACCCGGAACUUGACUUGGUUACUUAUGCUUGGAGGAUUUGGAGUAACGGAACUGCUUUAGACCUUGUGGAUCCAAGUAUUAUAGAUAAUUGCCAAAAGAGUGAAGUGCUUCAAUGCAUUUAUAUCGGUCUUUUAUGCGUUCAAGAAGAUCCUGCAGAGCGUCCGACAUUUUCAACCAUCUUUGUGAUGCUCACUAGUAACACUGUGCCUUUACCAGUGCCUCAGCAUCCAGGUUUUCUCGGGCACAGUAGACCUGAGAAAGAUCCGCUUGAUUCAUAUCAAUCUAUGACAACCAAGUCAUAUCCAACAUCUGUUGAUGAUGCAUCGAUCACUGAGUUAUAUCCUCGUUGAGGACUCGGGUAGCAGCUUAAAUAAAACCAUAUGUAAUUCAAUUGGGAUGGUGUAAUCUGAUGCAAUUUUGAAGUUUGGUUCAGUAUUCAAUUUGGAUUUGGUUUAA